GGCGGGAGGCGCUGAGAGUCUGUGCGAAGGUCCGUGGACAGACUGCUUUGCCUGUUGUUGCUCUUCGGAGGCGGCGAUCCCGGAAGGCGAGCUGCAAUACGGCUGCAGGCUACAAUUUGCAGCCGACGAUUAUGGAAGACCACAAGCCAAAGAGGUGGCCCACCCUCACGGAGCGCUGGGGCUCGGAUGGCUUCGCAUUUCCCCAUUACUACAUUAAACCGUAUCAUCUGAAGAGGAUCCACAGAGCUGUCUUCUAUGGUAAUCUGGCGAAACUGAAGUACCUUCUGCUCAUGCAUUAUGACCCCAAUAGGAGAGACAGGAAGGAAAGGACUGCCCUACAUUUGGCCUGUGCCAUUGGCCAACCGGAAAUGGUACAUGUCCUGGUGUCCAGAAGAUGUGAGCUUAACCUCUGUGACCGUGAAGACAGGACACCUCUGAUCAAGGCUGUACAACUGAGGCGGGGGGCUUGUGCAACUAUUCUGCUGCAAAAUGGUGCCGAUCCAAAUAUUAUGGACGUCUUUGGAAGGACUGCUCUGCACUACGCUGUGUAUAAUGAAGAUACAUCCAUGAUAGAAAAACUUCUUUCAUAUGGUGCAAAUAUUGAAGAAUGCAGCAAGAAUGAAUAUCAGCCACUGUUACUUGCUGUGAGUCGAAGAAAAGUGAAAAUGGUGGAAUUUUUAUUAAAGAAAAAAGCAAAUGUAAAUGCAAUUGAUUAUCUUGGCAGAUCAGCCCUCAUACUUGCUGUUACUCUUGGAGAAAAAGAUAUAGUCAUUCUUCUUCUGCAGCACAAUAUUGAUGUGUUUUCUCGAGAUGUGUAUGGAAACCUUGCAGAAGAUUAUGCCAGUGAGGCUGAGAAUAGAGUCAUUUUGGAACUAAUUUAUGAAUACAAAAGAAAGAAACAUGAAGAGCUUUCUAUAAAUAGCAAUCCAGUGUCUCCUCAGAAACAACCAGCUGAGAAGGCUACAAGUGACGAGAAAGAUUCUGUUUCAAAUAUAGCCACAGAAAUAAAGGAGGGACCAAUAUCUGGGACAGUGUCUUCUCAGAAACAACCAGCUGAGAAGGCUACAAGUGAUGAGAAAGAUUCUGUUUCAAAUAUAGCCACAGAAAUAAAGGAGGGACAACAAUCUGGGACAGUGUCUCCUCAGAAACAAUCAGCCUGGAAGGUUAUAUUUAAAAAGAAAGUUUCUCUUUUGAAUAUUGCCACAAGAAUAAUGGGCGGUGGGAAAUCUGGAACAGUGUCUUCUCAGAAACAACCAGCCUCAAAGGCUGCAAGUGACAAGACAGAUUCUGCUUUGAAUAUAGCUACAGAAAUAAAGGAUGGACUACAGUGUGGGACAGUGUCUUCUCAGAAACAACCAGCCUUGAAGGCUACAACUGACGAGGAAGGUUCUGUUUUGAAUAUAGCCACAGAAAUAAAGGAUGGAGAAAAAUCUGGGACAGUGUCUUCUCGGAAAAAACCAGCCUUGAAGGCCACAAGUGAUGAGAAAGAUUCUUUUUCGAAUAUAACCAGAGAAAAAAAGGAUGGAGAAAUAUCUAGGACAGUGUCUUCUCAGAAACCACCAGCCUUGAAGGCUACAAGUGACGAGGAAGAUUCUGUUUUGAGUAUAGCCAGAGAAAAAAAGGAUGGAGAAAAAUCUAGAAAAGUGUCUUCUGAGCAACCACCAGGCUUGAAGGCUACAAGAGACGAGAAAGAUUCUCUUUUGAAUAUAGCCAGAGGAAAAAAGGAUGGAGAAAAAACUAGGAGAGUGUCUUCUCAUAAACAACCAACCUUGAAGGCUACAAGUGACAAGAAAGAUUCUAUUCCAAAUAUAGCCACGGAAACAAAGGAUGAACAAAUAUCUGGGACAGUGUCUUCUCAGAAACAACCAGCCUUGAAGGCUACAAGUGUCAAGAAAGAUUCUGUUUCGGAUAUACCCACAGAAAUAAAGGAUGGACAACAAUCUGGAACAGUGUCUUCUCAGAAACAACCGGCCUGGAAGGCUACAAGUGUCAAGAAAGAUUCUGUUUCGAAUAUAGCCACAGAAAUAAAGGAUGGACAAAUACCUGGGACAGUGUCUUCUCAGAGACAACCAGCCUUGAAGACUACAGGUGAUGAGAAAGAUUCUGUUUCGAAUAUAGCCAGAGAAAUAAAGGAUGGAGAAAAAUCUGGGACAGUGUCUUCUCAGAAACAACCGGCCUGGAAGGCUACAAGUGUCAAGAAAGAUUCUGUUUCGAAUAUAGCCACAGAAAUAAAGGAUGGACAAAUACCUGGGACAGUGUCUUCUCAGAGACAACCAGCCUUGAAGACUACAGGUGAUGAGAAAGAUUCUGUUUCGAAUAUAGCCAGAGAAAUAAAGGAUGGAGAAAAAUCUGGGACAGUGUCUUCUCAGAAACAACCGGCCUGGAAGGCUACAAGUGUCAAGAAAGAUUCUGUUUCGAAUAUAGCCACAGAAAUAAAGGAUGGACAAAUACCUGGGACAGUGUCUUCUCAGAGACAACCAGCCUUGAAGACUACAGGUGAUGAGAAAGAUUCUGUUUCGAAUAUAGCCAGAGAAAUAAAGGAUGGAGAAAAAUCUGGGACAGUGUCUUCUCAGAAACAACCGGCCUGGAAGGCUACAAGUGUCAAGAAAGAUUCUGUUUCGAAUAUAGCCACAGAAAUAAAGGAUGGACAAAUACCUGGGACAGUGUCUUCUCAGAGACAACCAGCCUUGAAGACUACAGGUGAUGAGAAAGAUUCUGUUUCGAAUAUAGCCAGAGAAAUAAAGGAUGGAGAAAAAUCUGGGACAGUGUCUUCUCAGAAACAACCGGCCUGGAAGGCUACAAGUGUCAAGAAAGAUUCUGUUUCGAAUAUAGCCACAGAAAUAAAGGAUGGACAAAUACCUGGGACAGUGUCUUCUCAGAGACAACCAGCCUUGAAGACUACAGGUGAUGAGAAAGAUUCUGUUUCGAAUAUAGCCAGAGAAAUAAAGGAUGGAGAAAAAUCUGGGACAGUGUCUUCUCAGAAACAACCGGCCUGGAAGGCUACAAGUGUCAAGAAAGAUUCUGUUUCGAAUAUAGCCACAGAAAUAAAGGAUGGACAAAUACCUGGGACAGUGUCUUCUCAGAGACAACCAGCCUUGAAGACUACAGGUGAUGAGAAAGAUUCUGUUUCGAAUAUAGCCAGAGAAAUAAAGGAUGGAGAAAAAUCUGGGACAGUGUCUCCUCAGAAACAAUCAGCCUGGAAGGUUAUAUUUAAAAAGAAAGUUUCUCUUUUGAAUAUUGCCACAAGAAUAAUGGGCGGUGGGAAAUCUGGAACAGAGUAUCCUGAGAAUCUGCCCACCUUGAAGGCUACAAUUGAAAAUAAAGAUUCUGUUCUGAAUACAGCCACCAAAAUGAAGGAUGUACAAACAUCCACACCAGCAGAACAAGACUUAGAAAUGGCAUCAGAGGGAGAGCAAAAGAGGCUUGAAGAAUAUGAAAAUAACCAGCCACAGGUGAAAAACCAAAUACAUUCUAGGGAUGACCUUGAUGACAUAAUUCAGUCAUCUCAAACAGUCUCAGAGGACGGUGACUUGCUUUGCUGUAAUUGUAAGAAUGUCAUAUUACUCAUUGAUCAACAUGAAAUGAAGUGUAAAGAUUGUGUUCACCUAUUGAAAAUUAAAAAGACAUUUUGUUUAUGUGAAAGAUCAAUAGAACUUAAAGAUAACCACUGUGAGCAACUUAGAGUAAAAAUUCAAAAAAUGAAAAAUAAGGCUAGUGUACUACAAAAGAGACUAUCUGAAAAAGAAGAAAUAAAAUCGCAGUUAGAGCAUGAAACACUUGAAUUGGAAAAAGAACUCUGUAGUUUGAGAUUUGCCAUACAGCAAGAAAAAAAGAAAAGAAGAAGUGUUGAAGAGUUGCACCAAAAAGUUAGGGAAAAGUUAAGAAUCACAGAAGAGCAAUAUAGGAUAGAAGCUGAUGUGACAAAACCAAUUAAACCGGCUCUCAAAUCAGCGGAGGUGGAAUUGAAGACAGAAGGAAAUAAUUCAAAUCAGGUUUCUGAAACUGAUGAAAAAGAAGACCUGCUGCAUGAAAACCGCUUGAUGCAAGAUGAAAUUGCCAGGCUCCGGCUGGAAAAAGACACAAUAAAAAACCAAAACCUGGAAAAUAAAUACUUAAAAGACUUUGAAAUUGUGAAAAGAAAGUGUGAAGACCUUCAAAAGGCUCUAAAACGGAAUGAGGAAACAUUAGCAAAAACGAUAGCCUGUUAUAGUGGACAGCUUGCUGCUCUGACGGAUGAAAACACAACGCUCCGUUCCAAACUGGAGAAGCAAAGAGAGAGCAGGCAAAGACUGGAAACAGAAAUGCAAUCAUACCGUUGUAGACUGAAUGCUGCUCUAUGUGAUCAUGAUCCAAGUCACUCAUCAGAAAGAGACCAAGAGCUUGCUUUCCAGGGCACAGUAGAUAAAUGUUGUCAUUUACAGGAAAAUUUGAAUUCUCAGGUUCUGAUUCUUUCUCUGCAACUUUCUAAAGCUGAGAGUAAGUCCAGAGUCCUCAAAACUGAGCUCCAUUACACAGGAGAGGCUCUGAAAGAAAAGGCUUUGGUUUUUGAACACGUGCAAAGUGAGCUAAAGCAAAAACAGAGUCAAAUGAAGGACAUUGAAAAAAUGUACAAAAGUGGAUACAAUACAAUGGAAAAAUGCAUAGAAAAGCAGGAAAGAUUUUGUCAACUAAAAAAACAAAAUAUAUUGCUUCAACAGCAACUGGAUGAUGCUCGCAACAAAGCUGACGCUCAAGAAAAAGCAAUACUUAAUAUUCAAGCCGGAUGUGAUGCUAGAGUACAAAACCUUCAAGCUGAGUGCAGAAAGCACCGUCUUUUACUAGAAGAAGACAAUAAAAUGUUGGUCAAUGAAUUGAAUCAUUCGAAAGAAAAAGAAUGCCAAUAUGAAAAAGAGAAAGCAGAAAGAGAAGUAGCUGUGAGACAGCUUCAACAAAAACGAGAUGAUGUCUUAAACAAACGAUCAGCAACAAAAGCUUUGCUGGAUGCUUCAUCGCGUCACUGCAUCUAUUUAGAAAAUGGGAUGCAGGAUUCAAGGAAGAAAUUAGACCAGAUGAGAAGUCAAUUUCAAGAAAUACAGGAUCAACUUACAGCUACUAUAAGAUGUAUUAAGGAGAUGGAAGGCGACGCACAAAAGCUUGAAGUAGAACAUGUGAUGAUGAGAAAAAUUAUUAAAAAACAUGAUGACCAAAUUGAGCGGCUUGAGAAAAUCCUGCAGCAUUCAAGUUUGAUGCUGCAGGUGUUUGAGAGCUAGAUGAAGCAUCCAGCCAAACUAGACUACAUGGAGCUCCACAGUGAUCGUCUUCACCUCCAGCUGUUUGCAUUUACUUCUUCCCUCUAUCCUACAUGUGUUUUCCUUCCCCUUCAGAUAUCAACCUAUGAAUUGCCUCUACCAAAAAGCCUACAAUAUUGACACAAACCUGGGCUAGUAUCCAUUCUAUGUCUUCCAUUACAGAAAAACAAGCUCAGGACUCCCAUUCAUUCCCCAUUAUGAUGAGUUGUGUAAUUAUUUAUUAUGUAUUUCAUUAUGUAUUACAAUGUAGUAAUAAUAGGAAUAAAGUGCACAAUAGAUGUAAUACGCUUGAAUCACCAUCCUGAAACCAUCCCCCAAACCCCCAUCUGUGGAAAAAUUAUCUUUCACAAAACUGCUGCCUGGGGCCAAAAAGGCUGGGGACUGCUGCUCUUUAGCUUCUGCACUAGAAUCUACUAAUGAGUACAAUUUAAAUCAAUAACUAGUUUUAAAAGCAUAACAAGAAUAUGUGCUGUCUGGCUGCAGUGGCUCAUGCCUGUAUUCUCAGCACUUUGGGAGGCCAGUGCAGGUGCAUCACUUGAGGUCAGGAGUUCAAGACCAGCCUGGCCAAUAUGGUGAAAUCCUGUCUCUACUAAAAAUACAAAAAUUAGCUGGGUGUGGUGGUGCAUGCCUGUAGUCUCAGCUACUCGGGAGGCUGAGGUGGGAGAAUCACUUGAACCCAGGAGGCAGAGGUUUCAGUGAGCCACGAUCGUGCCACUGCACUCCAGCCUGAGCAACAGAGUGACUCCAUCUCAAAUGCAAAACAAAACAGAAAGAAUACGUGCUGACGAAAAAAAUCUAAGACAAUAAAAUUGUAUUACUAGGCUGUUAACAUGAUAUUUUGUUUCCCAUUAAAUGUGUGACAUGCAAAAGUAUUUAUUAAAUGAAAAUAUUUUUGUAUCUUUUAUGUCUGAUGAAAAUUUAUAUCGUGUUUUAAAUGAUGUUUCUUGGCCUCUUUAACUUUUUAUUUUUUUAUUUUUUUUUCUGAGACGGAGUCUGGCUCUGUCACCCAGGCUGCAGUGCAGUGGCGAGAUCUUGGCUCACUGCAAGCUCCGCCUUCUGGGUUCACGCGGUUCUCCUGCCUCAGCCUCCCGAGUGGCUGCGACUACAGGUGCCCAGCUAGUUUUUUUUUGUAUUUUUAGUAGAGAUGGAGUUUCUCCCUGUUAGCCAGGAUGGUCUCCAUCUCCUGACCUUGUGAUCUGCCUGCCUCGGCCACCCAAAGUGCUGGGAUUACAGAUGUGAGCCACUGCGCCGAGCCUGAAAAUCUUACUACCUAAAUAACUUCCCACUCCACUCACACCCACAAUCUUUCUAUAAUCCACAUUCUCUCCUGAGACAAGAGCUUGGGAAGUUCUGUCUUGCUGAGGGAACUUUUUAUUGUUCAGGAAUUCUUUAAUAAGGUUUUACAUAGUUGGGGAAACCAGGGAAAAGCAGGUUUGUCACUGCUUUGCUGAGGAGCAGACUCACAUGCUUUGGAAGAAUUUAGUAAACCUUCAAUAGAUGGCCUAAGAUACUAACAGGGGCCAUCUCAUUAAGCUACACAGUUAUUUAUAAAUGAAAGUAUAAUCUAGAACUUACAUGUCAAAGUCUUCCACUACAAAGAUGGCAAUAUUUGACUAAAACUGCAAUGUUUGUCCCAGUUGACAAAACUCUAAUCAAGCCCCUGCCCUUCUCAUUCUGUUUUUCCUUUUAAACUUUUUCUUAUAUUUUAAUUUUUCAUUUGACAAAUGCAUAUUUCCUCUUUAUACCAUGCUUCCAAGUGUCACUCUGAUACAUACCUUCAAUGACCAGACACAGGAUUGUGGAGUUGUUGUGGACACUCAUCCCAUGAACAGGGAGACUCCGAUAACCUGAACAGACGGCUCUAGAAAAGAAAGGAAACUUUCUUUUCCUUCCAUACAGAGCUUCCCCCCAUUAUUUCAGUGUACACAAACCAACAUCAGUUCUUUAACACAAAAAUAAAAAUACUCAAGAUCAAGCAAUUGUGAGAGGAAUCAUCUUUCCAGAAGUCAAUUCUUCUAGCGGUUACCUUCAGCAUAUACUACAUGAAUGAAAAGAAGUUGGUCAAACGAGUAAAACUUCCCCACCUCAUUCCAUUUCUGUCUACCCAUUGACAACACCUUCAGUCUUCUUACAAAUAUUGAGUAGAAACACUGCCAACUCUUCACCUUUAUCUGGCUCAUUCCCAGAGCCAGGAGAACUGUGACUUAUUUGGUGGAUGGGAAAUCUUAUCCAUUGGUCCCAUCAAAUCCAUUGGUCCACGUUUGCCUAUUAGUAAGGCAAACUUACUCAGUGAUCAAUGAGUACAUCUAGUCUCUCUUUCUCCUCUGGAUUCUGAACAGGAGAAGUGGAAGGCAGGUGAAGACCCUCCCUGCACUGGGUGGGUAACUGACUGUUCUUCAGAUGAACUUUCUUUUGUUCAAGUUCUAAAGUCAAGGCUAGGGGGCAAUAUUAGAAGUCUUUUUUGGUCAACAUUAAGCCAUAGUUUCUAAAUCAGCCUUAGGAGGAAUAAUGUAUUUGGAUAUUGAUCUGACCUUUUGUUUUUAUUUCUAAGUUGGUUUGGCACUGAAAAAGGAGAGGUAUGUUAUCAGUCCACAUCCCUAAUGCCCUGACAUCCAUGAAUCCGUUUUAGUGGAAUCCAGAUCUCUAAGAAAGAGAUAUAAAAUAUUUGUUCCUAUCCAACUGUGAUUACUAUAUUUCCAACUAUGUUGCUGUCUGUAAGCAGAGUCUGCGUACAUGUUUCUGGUUCAUAUAUGCCUAGGGUUCCAGAGCAUUACAUUUCCAUCAAAAUGUAGAUCCCGAGAAUGCCAGAGAGGGUCAGGCCGAGGAUAGAACAGACAGUGAUUUUCAGAUACUGCAGUAGGAAGGUGGAUCCACCUCUUGGCUGGUACUUGUAACCAUGAAGUGUGGGAAAGUAAUGACCAGAUUGAGUAAAUGACCAGAAAUUCAAAACUAAGCCACAAGAAAUUUGUCUAUUUCUGCUUUUGUUGACUGCUAUCAGGGUUACAUCAAAAACAGUAUUGCUGAGACCAGUGUUGUGGAGCUUUAACUCUAUGUUUUCUUCUAGUAAUUUUACAGUUCAGGCCUUCUAUUUAAAUCUUCAUUUGGAGUUGAUAUUAGUAUGUGGCGUAAGUUAAGGGACUAACUUUAUUUUUCCUGUGGAUAUUCAGUUUUCUCAACACCAUUUGUAGAACAGACUAUCCUUUAACCAUUGUAUGUCCUUGGCACCUUUGUCAAAGAUAAGUUGACUGUCUGUGGAUUUAUUUCUGGGUUUUCCAUUUUGUUUAGCCAAUUUGUCCAUUUAUAUGCCACUACCAUGCUAUUUGGAUUACAAUUGUUUUACAAUAUGUAAUAAAAUUAGGUAGCAUGCUCUCUCUAGCUUUGUUCUUUUUGCUCAAGAUUAUUUUGUCUAUUUUAGGUCCGUUCAAUACAAAUGUCAAGAUUUGUUUUCCAUUUCUGUAAAAGAAUGGCAUUGGAAUUUUGAUAGUGAUUGCAUCAAAUAUGUUGCUUUUGGUAUUUUGUUCAUUUUCACAAUAUUAAUUCAUCCCAUCCACAAGCAUGAAUUUUUUUUCAUUUACUUGUGUUUUUAAAUUUUUGUUCAUUGGUGUUUUAUAGUUUUUCAUAUACAGGACCUUUAAUCUUUUGCUUAAAUUUACACCUAAGUAUUUAAUUUCUGUUGCUAUCAUACUUGGGAUUUUUAAAAAAUUUCUUCAGGUAGUUUGUUAUUUGUAUACAGAAACACUUUUGAUCUUUGUUAGAUUAUUUUGUAUCCUGAAACCUUAUUGAAUUCAUGCAUCAGUUCUAACAGUUUUUGGUGGAAUAUUUAGGGUUUUCUGUAUACAGGAUGAUGUUGUCUGCAAUUAGAGAUAAUUUCACUUAUUUCUUUUCUGAGUAGGAUGCUUUUCUUUUCUUUUCUUGUCUAAUUGUUCUGCCUAGGAAUUCCACUGUUAACGAUGAAAAGAAGUGGUGAGACUGGUCAUCACUGUCUUGCCUCUGAACAUGGAGGAAAAGCUUUCCACUUUUCACUGUUGAGAAUAAUGUUAGCUAAGAGCUUGUCAUACAUGGUUCUUUUUUGUGUCGAGAUACAUUUUCUGUACACUUAAUUUGUUGAGAGCUUUCAUCAUGAAAGGGUUUUAAAUUUUGUCAUGUGCUUUUUCUGCAUGUAUUGAGAGAAUCGUAUGAUUUUUGUCUUUGACUUUGUUCAUGCAUUUUAUCACAUGUAUUCAUAUGUAUAUGUUGAAACAAACUUGCAUCCAAAGGAUAAAUCCCACUUGAUCAUGGUGAAUGAUUCCAUUCAUAUAUUCUUAAAUUUGGUUGCUAAUGUUUUGUUGAAGAUUUUUGCAUCAGGGUUCGUUACUGACAUUGGCCUAGUAUUUUCGUCUCUUGUAGUGUCCUUGUCUGUCUUUGGUAUCAGAAUGAUGGUAGCCUAAUAAAAUGAGUUUGGAAGUAUUUCCUCUAUUUCACUUUUUUGAAAGAGUUUGAGAGUAAUUAGUAUUAGUUCUUUAAAGGUUUGUCAGAAUUUAGCAGUGAAGCCUUCUGGUCCUAUGCUUUUCUUUCAUGGGAGGCUUUUAAUUUCUGCUUCAGGCCGGGCUUGGUGGCUCACGCCUGUAAUCCUAGCACUUUGGGAGGCUGAGGUGGGUGGAUUGCCUGAGGUCUGGAGUUCGAGACCAGCCUGGCCAAUGUAGUGAAACCCUGUCUCUACUAAAAAUACAAAAAAUCAGAUGGGUGGUGUGGUGGUGGGCGCCUGUAAUCCCAGCUACUUGGGAGGCUGAGGUAGGAGAAUUGCUUGAACCUGGGAGGUGGAGGCUACAGUUAGCUGAGACUGUGCCGUUGCACUCUACCCUGGGCAACAAAAGCAAAACUCUGCUUCAAAAAAAAAUUAUGCUUCAAUUUCCUUAUUAUUUAUUAGUCCAUUCAGAUUUUCUGUUUCUUCUUGAUUCAGUCUUGGUAAGUAAUAUAUUUGUGGAAAUGUUUUUAUUUCUUCCAUGUUAUCCAAAUUGUUGGCAUACAAAUGCUCAUUAUAUGAACAAUUGUAAUCCUUUGUAUUUUAGAGUUAAAAGUUGUAAUUUCUCCUAUUUCAUUUCUGAUCUUAUUUGUUGGAAUAGUCCUUUUUCCAGUUAAUCUAGAUACAGAUUGGUUGAUUUUGUUUAUCACCUUAAAAAGAAUUUCAGUAUUAAUUCUUUCCAUUGGGUUUCUCAUAUCUAUUUUAUUUAUUUCCACUUUAAUCUUUGCUAUUUUCUUAUUUCUGCUAAUUCUUGGCUUUGUUUCUCAUCUAGUUCAUUGAGGUAUAAUGAUUGAUUUAACUACAUUCUAUAAGUUUUGGUAUGUUGUGUUUUCAUUUUUGUGUGUCUUAAAAUAUGUUUUUUAAUUUUUUCUGUAACUCAUGGGCCAUUUAUGAAUAUGUUUAAUUUUGCUAUUUUAUGUAUUUUUCAAGAUUGCUUCUGUUACAGAUUUCUAGCUUUAUGCCAUUGGGAUGCAAAAAUUUUCUUUCUAUAAUUCAAUUCUCUAAUAUUUGUUAAGAUCUGUUUUGUGGCCUAACAUAUGACAUAUACUGGAGAAUGUUCCACCCACAUUUCAGAAGAACAUGUACACUUCUGCUGUUGGAUAGGAUGUUCUGGGUAUAUCUGUUAGAUCCAGUUGCUCCCAAGUGUGAUUCAAAUCUAAUGUUUCUUAAUUUAUUAUCUUUCUAAAUGAUCUUUCCAUGGUUGAAAUUGGAGUAUUGAGGUCUCCUACUAUUAUAGUAUUGCAGUAUAUUUUUCUCAUGAGAUUAUUUAAUAAUUGCUUUAUGAAUUUAGGUCUUGUGACCUUGAGUGCAUAUAUAUUUACAAGUAUUAUGUCUUCAUGAUGAAUUAACUUCUUUAUCAUUAUGCAGUGAACCCUAUCUCUUUUAUAGGUUUUGACUUAGUUUAUUUCUUUUAAUAAUAAGUAUAGCUCCCCUGCUCUAUUUUAGUUUGCAUUUGCAUGGAAUAUCUUUUUUCAUCUUUUCAGUUUCAGCCUAUAUAUGUCUUGACUGGUAAAGUGAGUCUCUUGUGGGCAGCACAUGAUUGAAUCUUGUUUUUUAUUCUAUCCAUUGAGAUGCUCUAUUUCCUUUUAUUUGACAAUGUAAUGCACUUACUAUCAAGGUAAUUAUGUAUAGGGAAGGACUUUCUACUGCCACUUUGUAAUUUUUUUUCUGAUUGUUUUAUAAGUUCUUUGUUCCCUUUUUCUCUGUUGCUGAACUCUUUUAUAGCUUGAUGGCUUUCUGUGGUGGUAUGCUUUAAAAUUUUGGAUAAAUUGCAAAAUAAACUUUUUUAUUUUGUGCAGUUAUGAUAGGUUUUGUUUUGUGGUUAUCAUGAAACUUACCUAAAAUAUCAUAUUCUUAAAACAAACUACUCUAACAACUUCUGAUAGCAACUUCUCUUUAAUUGCAUCCAAAAGUCUACAUUUUCAUUCUCUCUCCCAUACAAUUGUACAAUUUUAUGUCAAAACUUACACUUUUAGUUCAUACUUAUAUACCUUAGCAAUUUAUUGUAGCUACAGUUAUUUUCAAUACCUUUGUCUGCUAACCCUACUAGUAGGGAUAAAAUUGCUUUACAAACCACCCUUAGAAUAUUAGAGCAUUUUGAACAUGACUGUGUAUUACUGAUAGCAUUGAAGCUUUUUACUUUUAUAUGUUUUUUCUUACUAUUUAGGCUUUUAUUUCAAUGUAAGGCUCUUCCUUUAGUAAUUAUGAUCAAUCAAGGAUAUUGAUUAUAAACUUUAUUAUUAUUUUUUUGUACAGAAAGGUUUUUAUAUCUCCCUCUCCCUCAUUUCUACAGGACAGCUUUGCUAGGCACAGCAUUUUUUUUUCAAGAUGGAGUCUUGCUCUGUCACCCAGGUUGGAGUGCAGUGGUGUGAUCUCGCCUCCCAGGUUCAAGCUUGCUCACUGCAAUCUCUGCCUACCAGGUUCAAGCAAUUCUCCUGCCUCAGCCUCCUGAGUAGUUGGGAUUACAGGCCCAUGCCACCAUGCCCAGCUAAUUUUUGUAUUUUUAGUAGAGAUGGGGUUUCAUCAUGUUGGCCAGGCUGGUCUUGAACUCCUGACCUCCUGAUCCACCUGCCUCGGCCUCCCAAAGUGCUGGGAUUACAGAUAUGGACAUUUCUGGAAUUGCAGAGCCCCCUCUACAUUGAGCACAAGACAGUGACGAAUCCACAUUGUUCAGCCAGAAAGUCACCUCUGAGAGCCAAGUGUCUGACUAUAGACAGGAGAGUCAAAGAAUGAUAACGACAUCUCAGGAAAAUUGUGAAAAUAAUCAGCAACCUUUCUCCACAGACACUACCCAAAGCGGUCCUUCACUACAGUGGCAGACAGACCUGAAAAUUUUCAUCUGAAGCAGCAGAGUGAACUGCAGAGUCAGGUCACCAACCAGUGUGGAGGCGAAAAGCGGGCCUCUCUGGGGAUUCCAGGUGGAAGUGUUGGACAUCUGUACUAUUCCUGGUCUCGAAUCAUCCUGAUAUUCUUCAUUUUGUCAUUCACAUUGGACCAGGAGAUAGAAUCUGACUAUGUUGACCAGGCUGGUCUUGAACUCUUGGCACCCAAGCGAUCCUUUUGCCUGGAAUCCCAGUGUCAGAUUUACUGAAGAACAUUUCAUUGUAAUUACUUUUUAUACUUUAUAGGUCAAGAGCUCUGUUUUAAAGACAAAAUUUAUUGAAUAUACUUUUUCAAACAAAGUUUCAUGUUCUAAUCAUUGUCUGAUUUCAGCAUUAAAUGAAACACAGUAAAGAAAGUUGGGCUGA